AUGAUAAUCAGACAAAGCAAGAUCUCCAUCAGGCAGUUGAUGUUCCCAAUCGAGAAUGGUAUCGUGCAUCUGUCCCCGACAUGGCCUUUUACCGAUUUGUUCCCGAGAGCACAACUUAGCCAAACUCUUUUUGCCCACGCUAGGAGUCGGCGAAUCUCGAAUGAAUUGCCUAUUACAUUUAUUGCAUUGUUCGAUGAAUAUAUUGCCGUGCAAUUCUGCGAGAUUAGAUCGUGGAAUCCCUGA